AUGGAGAAUCUUCGUGCCAAAAUGAUGACAGAAAUCAAGCAGUUGAAAACUAGGAAAGGAGGCGAAAGAUUGGAGCAAGUGAUGAAGGAAGCAAGCACUACCCCGCUGACACAACGUUUUGCCAAAUCUCUCAUUCCACAGAAGUGUCCAGUUCCGGCCUUCGAGUGUUACGAUGGAUCCAGUGAUCCCGUAACCCAUCUUCUGUAUUAUAACCGAAUGAUGGCACGAUGGGAUUAUGAUGACGCCAUACUUUGCAGAUACUUUCCCUCGAGUCUAAAAGGGUCACCGUUGUCUUGGUUUGACAAUUUACCACCGAGUUUCAUCGAUUCUUACGACCAGCUCACCGAGAAAUUCUUGACAACCUACAUAUGGCAUAAGAUAUCUCAAGCCAUCGGAAACGUGGAUCCAGUAGUUAGCAUCAACUGCUACAAAUGGGGGAUGGACAGGAUGAGUCCCCUAUUUAUCGGGAUCCACGACACCAUCCCUGCUACCGAAGGAGAUCUUCGAGUAAUCAUAGAAAAACAUGAAAGGUUAGAGGAGAUCCAACGAGAGAAUCCCAAAGCUCAUACUCAGCGUCCCUCACGCACGAAUUUUGUAAAACAAGCUAGCGGGUCCAAAAGAGGCAACUCAGAUGAACAACCCGGCAAGGACAGAAGAGAACGAAGAGAUGAUCCACGAAGGGGUGACCGAAAAUUCGAAGACCAGGUCUACACGAAGCUAAAUACCAGCUAUUCAUGCAUCCUGAAGGAAAUCAAGGGUCGGGAAAACCUCGAUUGGCCAUGGUCCAAGGGAAAGCAGCCCCCAAGAUCAAAAAAGUCGAGAGAAUACUGUGAAUAUCACUGUUUCAAUGUUCACCAAACAGAUAAAUGCAAGAAUCUCAAGAUAAUGAUUCAAAAGUUGAACGACGCAGGAGUUCUUAAACAGUACGUACAUAGGACUAGCACCGAAGACAAGGCUAAACGAAGCAAGUAG